AUGUCAUCAAGUGUGGGACAGCAAUUUGGAUGGUCGUCCUUCCUUCAGGGGGCAUUGGACAGGUUUUACUCUCCUGAGUUGUUGGACUUCAUUCGCCGACGGAAGAUCGACUUGAAGCAAGUGGAGUCUCUGAAGCGGACUUCAGCCAAGAUUCAGACCUUAUCUGAUGAAGCUGAAGUGAAGCAGUUCACCCGCGAUGCUGUGAGACUGUGGCUCGACCCAACAGCUACAGGUACGCACCUCUAUAAUAUCGCCGAAGAACUGCAGGGAAUUAAAAGGUUUGGAUCUAAAGUGAAGGAUGUCAACGAGAGGCUAAAAAGUGAAGUACAAGACGGUGUUGCUCUAGGAUUAAUGGUCUCGAGCUUUGGAUCUGGGUCUUCAAAGCCCAAGGUAUUCAGUGAAAGGCUACCCACGAGUUCCUUGGUGAAUAGUUCUAAUGUUUUUGGCAGGGAAGAAGAUAAGUGGGAGAUUGUUAAGUGGUUGCUACACGACAAAACUCCAAGACGCCCCAGCUGUGACAAGGAUGAUAAUUUCUUGGUGCUACCCAUAGUCGGCAUGGGUGGAGCUGGGAAGACCACCCAUGCUCAACUUAUUUACAACCAUGAAACUAUUGAGAAGCAUUUUGAUCUGAAAGCUUGGGUUUGCGUUUCCGAAGACUUUGAUGUGGUGAGGUUAACCAAAGAAAUUCUCGAGUCAGCCACUAAUGGGUCAUCAGCCCUUUCUUCAAAUUCACCGGACGUACUACAGGUGAAACUUCAACAAACAUUGAGCAACAAAAGAUUCUUAUUGGUUUUGGACGACAUGUGGAACGAGGAUAACGAGAGAUGGGAGGCUUUAAGGACUCCUUUUGCAUCUGGUAAAUCAGGAAGCAAGAUGUUGGUUACAACACGGAACAAAGGUGUUUCAUCAAUCGUUCGCACUCCCGUAGAGAAGGAUCAUGAUUUGAAAGGUCUGUCAGACGAUGUUUGUUUUGCAAUUGUUAGAAAGCACGCUUUCGUGGAUGGGAAUUCAUGUGUGCAAAUCGAAAGCUGGAAUUAUUUGGACAAGAAAUUGUAA